AUGGGCCGAAAAGAAACAGUGACGGCACCGGCCGGAGUAGCGACUGCAGGAACAGAUGCAACAACACUAGCAGGAAGGGCGUCAAACGGAGCUGCAAGCAAAAGGGCAGCUGCUGAUGCGACACCAGGAAGGGAUGACGGCGCUGCUCAGGGGAUGCUGACGGAGCAGCUGAAGCAGCGGAAGAAGCCACGGCUGCAGCACCGGAAGGAGCAGCUUCAGCUGCAUUUGACACGAACUCGGCCAGAGCAGAAGCAGGAACAGUACCAGCAGAAGACAAAACUGCAGCAGCAUGGCCAGCCGGCGCAAAAACCGCAAUUGAACAGGCAGUUGAUGAAAAAGCAGGAGCAGCGGCAAAGCCGCCAUUACAAGCGCCAAGAGCUCCUAAUGGACGAAUGCGGGGAAGAUCGUUCUGUCACUGACGAUGACUUUUCUGCAGAGCGAGCGGAAAUUCCGGAAGUAGGAGCAGCAGCAGACCCUCCCGCGUCUGCUGCGUCGGACUCUGCAUUGACAGGAACAGCUACACUUGACGGCGCAGCGGAAGGCGAUAGAGCAGCAGCAAUCGAUGCAGCAGCUGCAGCGGAUCCAUAUCUGUUAGAGGACGCUGAUUAUCUUCGGAGGGAAACGCGAUGGUUGAAUCGUCAGCGCGUUUUGCUGCUAGGAAGCCGAGGGAUUUCAGCCCGGUCCCGGCACCUCAUCGAAGACUUCAAGAAGUUGCUUCCUCACCACAAGUCGGAGGCAAGCAUAGACCCUAAGAGAAGCUUUCCUCUAACCUUUGUAGCAUUUUCACUAGCUCGUAGUGUAGGUGAGGCAGGCACGAAACUUUUGUCUUUCCCGGGGACUGGAUGCCUCAGCAGGUGCAACAGUGUGGUAUAUCUAGAGCAGCGAAAGAAUGACGCACUGCUGCAUGUCGUCAAAGUGCCCCUUGGACCCACUUUCAUCGCGAGGCUGAUGAACGUGGAGACUCUUAACGAGGUGCGCUUGUCGGGCAACUGUUUGUUGCAUUCUCGACCGUUGCUGAUAUUUGGAGCGGAGUUUGACAAAGAGCCUCACUUUAGGGUCCUAAAGGAACUUUUUAUGCAGGUAUUCGGAACCCCAAGAAACCAUCCCAAGUCAAAGCCAUUCUUCGAUCAUGCCAUGUCUUUCUUUGUGACUGACAAUCGCAUUUGGUUCAGGCACUACCAAAUUGCACCUUUGGUGAUGGGAGAGGGCGGAGAUGCGAAUAAUCCCCACAGGCAAACUUUCAUCGAAAUCGGGCCCCGGUUUGUAUUGGACCCGGUAAAGAUUCUCGAAGGCAGUUUCUGCGGGAAGACGCUUUGGCGCAAUGGGGAGUUUGUCAGGACGAGAGACGUGAUUGCUGAGACCGCGGCGACUUCGGGAAGCUUUGGACUUCGCAAGGCGGCAGGGACAAAAGGAAAAGCGAAGGGUACAUCAGUUAACACGUAA